AUGUCUCGCCUUUCCGUCAGAGCCGCGGUAACGGCCGUGAUGCGGGAAAAGGGCAGAUGGCCGCUCGUGCGGCGCCUGCGCUGGCUCCGCGUCGGCCAGUACGUGGUCAACGUGGUCGUCGUCGCCAUCAACGGCUACCUGGUCUCCGUGCUGGCGGCGGCAUCGGCCGGAGACGCAGUCGGCGUCACUGUGGCCAUGGCGGUGGCCGCCCUGGGCUUCGUCCUCACCGCGCUGCAGCAGUGGCUCGGCACGCGCCUGGCCGGCUACCGGAGGCGCUCGUGCCUCGCCGUCUUCGUCCUCUUCGACCUCGUCUGCACGCUGCUGCAGCUGCCCCUGGUUGCUGUCCUCGCCACCGCCGGCCUGCCGGCGAACUGCCACGGCAUAACGUCCGGCAGCGACCCCGACGUCUUCGGUCCCUCGGGCCGUGGGCUGACGCCGAGAUACUGCGCCGUGCCAAACGCCACGUUUUGGCUGUCCAUGAUCCUGACGCUGUCGUACACGUACACCAUCAGCCUCAUUGUCCGGCAGAUUGCCGCCGUCAACAGGGAGGCAAAGCUGCUCCGGCAGGAGCAAAAGGACAACGAGAGCAACGAGAGGAUCGCCGCCAUCAUGGCCGCGCACCGCGCCCCCCCGCGGACGUGGAGCCGCAGGCGGCCGCACCCCGUCGAGACGGUCGACCUGGGCGCCGAACCCGUCCGGCCCGCGCCUCCUCGUGAUCCCGACGCCGUUGCCGUGCCGCCGCCGCCCGCCGCCCCCGAGGAGCAGCCCCCGCCGUAUAUUUCCGUCGAGCCGCGGCGCCAUCUGGCCGCGAGCCUGGGCAAGAACUAG